AUGUCGGUGUCCGCCCGCUCGGUGAAAGGCUGCAUGGAGAGGGCAAUGAAGGCCGCCUACAAGCAGAAGCCCAAGCCGUGGCAGGAGGACGCCAUCUGCAAAACCGUGGCUGCCUGGGAGGAGCGCCAAGUCUUUCUCUUCGACCAUCCGCGGGGCUCCGGGAAGACGAAGGAGAUGGCUUGCCCCUAG